AUGUCCCAACACCGCGCAAAGAAAUGUGUGGACACGAAGGACAAGGCAGCCUUCUUUGCAGCCCGAACUCCACACCUCAAGCAGGCUGAAAUACAGGCCCAAGAUGGCGCCGAGGCUGAACUCCACGCGGACUUUGCCGACACACACGAGGCAAGCGCGGACACCCCGCUGACCCCGAAUUUACUACAAAAGAUGUUAGACGCAGCGGUCCUGAAAAUGCAGGCAUCAUUCACAUCGGCCCUGGCUAAAAUUAAUAACGAGAUCACCGACCUGGACGCACGAGCCUCCCAACUAGAGGAAAAAAUGGAAGUAAAUGCCACAGCCCAUGCAGCUAUCGAAGACAGACUAGAGGAUAUCGAAAGGAAACUGUCUCUGCAUGAAACCAAAAUCACAGAUGCAGAAGACAGGUCUCGCCGCAACAAUAUCAGGCUCAGAGGGGUCCCAGAAGAUGUGGAAGCCCAGGACCUAACGGCCUUCACCAUGGAGCUGUUCCGUGCGGUCCUGCCAGACAUACCCGCAGACAUGCUCUUACUAGACCGCAUCCACAGAAUCCCGAGACCGCAACACUUACCACCAACCGUGCCACGAGACGUGCUCAUGCGGCUCCACUAUUACCACACAAAAGACCAAAUCCUCCGUGCACAUAGAACUAGGAAAGACCUACCUGAUAAAUUUAAACCUAUCCUCCUCUUUACGGACCUGUCGGCGGAGACACUCAGGCGGAGAAGAUCCUUCAAACCAGUAGCAGAGGCUCUAAGACACCACCGCAUUCCCUACAGAUGGGGCUACCCAGCGAAACUCCUCAUCACCAAAGGAGGGAAGCAACUCAUAGUCGCCUCACCGAAAGAAGGCCUGGAGCUGCUGCACAAAUGGGACAUAGCCCCAAAUCUACAAACACCAGGCCCGCGCAAGACACAGAAUAUCGACGGCCGCCCUCAGCGACAACGGCGAACUACCUUCAGGGACGAUGACCACUAG